AUGGUAGGGGCUCUUAGAGAGUCCAUGGAAAUACUGAGAGCCGAGCAAGCAGCUAGGACAGUCGAAGGAGAAACUCAAGCCUCGUCCUUGAAAAAUGAAUUCUUUCGUUCAAAUCCUGCCAAGCUCAGUGGUGGGCCUAACCUUAUGAAAGCUAAUGAGUGGUUGAAGCAAAUUGCCAAAUCAUUUGAGAUUUUGGAUAUUUGUGAGGAUGAGUUACAGGUAGCGUUAGCAACUUACCAAUUGAAAGGAGAGAUCGUGCAAUGGUGGAAAUAUGUCAAAAAUCAUGUUGAACAUACUUGGGAGGCAUUCACGCACACCUUACAAGAGAAAUUUCUCCCUUCUACUGCUAGGGAACGAUUGACGAGACAAUUUGAAGAACUAUUACAGCUCGAUACACUUGUGGCGGAGUUUGAAGCCACAUUUAUAAGCUUAUCCAGCUUUGCACCUGAGUUGGUAGCAGCUGAAGAACGCCGAUGCUUAGAAUUUGAGAAGAGGUUGAGACCAAAAAUUUUAAUGAAGGUAGUGGGUAAUAUGAUUAGGGAUUAUGACCGGCUUGUGUAA